AUACCACAUUGAUUGUCUGUAGGCCCUGAAGGAAUGGAGAAAUUCUGCGAAGACAUAGGAGUGGACCCGGAGAAUGUUGUGAUGCUGGUCAUCGCUUACAAAAUGGGUGCCAAACAAAUGGGCUACUUCACGCAAGAGGAGUGGCUUAAAGGCUUAACGGAACUGCAAUGUGACAGCGUCCACAAGCUUCAGAUGAAACUCGACUACCUCAAGAGCUUACUCAACGACCCCUACGUAUUUAAGGCUGUAUACAGAUAUUCUUAUGAUUUCGCUAGGGUAAGUUUUAAAACGAUUUUUUUUUAUAUAUACUACGUCGGUGGCAAAUAAGCAUACGGCCUGCCUGAUGGUAAGCAGUCUCCGUAGCCUAUGUACACCUGCAACUCCAGAGAGAGGAGGAGCAGAGCGCGUUGCCAUUUCAUACAGAUUACAAUGGUCCCUCACACCAUACA